AUGGCGGCGCGCAACGUGGUUCGUUUCCUCAAGUCGGCCAAGGUUUCCUUCUCCAGCUUCGACCGGCAGGCGACGGGCGCCUGCGAAUUCUACCGGCAGCUGACGGCCGAGAAGACGCGCAAGGUGAACCCCAAGGCCGAGAUCGCCUACCAGACGUCGCUCACGGGCUCCGUGCCCACCAUCAAGCUGGACUUCAUCAACGGCAGCAAGCACGUGAUGGAGGUGCCCGGCAAGAACGUGCGCGAGAUCUUCGAGGAGCUGGAUUACCACUGCUCGCAGAUCGAGACGGAGUACGAGAAGCAGGGCAAGUCCAUCGAAUAG